GGAGAACCAAAAGGCAGCCGCUUCGCUCACAGGAUUUACAUUAGGAUGAAUGGAGUGUUCUUGCGUAACGUUAAGGCGAUGGAUUUCCCUGUACUGAAUCACCCUUUUGGCGCGAUGUUAAAUUCCGGAAGACGGACCUAACAUAAGGAAUUGUUUUCGGAAUUCACAGAAUUCACAGGAUUCCGACUCGUUCAACAACACAGAGAGGCUUCACAUCCCUGGAGAUACUGGUUCGUUACAUCAGUUUGAAAUGUCCGACUUCCACAACCGGAGCCAAACCAACGCACGUCGCAGUGACUACGUGUGGCAGUAUGAAUAUUAUGACGACGAAGAGCCCGUGUCUUUUGAGGGACUCAAAGCGCACAGAUACUCCAUCGUCAUCGGCUUCUGGGUUGGACUAGCUGUGUUUGUUAUAUUCAUGUUUUUUGUCCUCACGCUUCUCACAAAGACAGGAGCGCCACAUCAAGAAAACCCCGACUCUGCAGAGAAGCGCCAUCGACCAGGCAGUUGUCUGGUAGACAUCGGCAGUCCCCAGGACGAAAACGACAAAGCCUUCUCCCGACCCUUGCUAGCGGAGUCACGCACAUAUUUUCAUUUCUACAUCAACGAGGAGGAUCAGGGGAAGCAGAAACCAGAGGAGGAGAGAGUCAGCGGGGCUCGAGCGCAGCGGGGGGGCCGAGGGGUCGGCUCCUCGGGGGUGGACGAGAUGGAAGAAGAGGUUGAGGAAGCUGCGGGACACAAACCUAUCAACGGACUAAUGGAAGAGAGUAAUACAGACAGGGAAUGUGCCUUCUUUUCCCAUUUCAACAUCCCUAACUUUGUGAACUUGGAGCACAGCUCAACGCUUGGAGACGAUGAUCUGCUGUAUGAGCCGUCUGCCAUACUGGAGCGCCAGUCUCACUCUCAUGAUGCUCACUGUGACAUCCACUAAGUGGGUUUAUACAAAAUACAUGGCAUGGACUUAUUAUUAUUGUAAUGUAUUCCUUUUACCUGGCCAUUUGUGAUGUGACAGGUAGAAUCACACACACGUCUCACAGCUGCCUUUUAGAGUUUUUAUCUUUUUCAGCGAGCAUAGAUUUCCAUCAACAACAGGGUAUAAAAGAUGGCUCACAAACCCGUAGGCGUACCUCACAUUUAUGCGAUGACAUUUCUCAGAUUAAAUGGUCUUACAAACAGUACCUUUCACUUUGAGUACUAGGCUCCUCUGAAUUAGACGCGGCUGUAUUGAACCAGGACUACAGAUCUUUUUACAGAGAAAUGAAAAGACAGUGGUUCACCGAGCAGAGACGUUUGGUACAAUAUAUUCUGCUAUUAAUGCUGUCUUGCUUUCAUGUUCGAUUCUGAAGAAUGAACACACAACACAAAUGCCUGCUUGUCUACCAACAAGAUUAAAAGCAUGGAAUUUGUAUUCUGGGAAGCACACUUUAUUAGAAAAGGUAAAGUGUACUUCAACAUUAUGAAUAGUAGCAAAACAAUUGUUAUAUAUCACUAUUAGAAGGUAGU